ACUCUUGCUUUUUUUGAGAUUCCUAUUCCUCCCCUCUCCUCCUUUAUCUUUUUGUUUACCUCCAAACCCAUAAUUCAGUUAAUUACAAGGUUUUCUUUUCUGAUUGUUACUUGUGUGCAGUAAAAUGAGAAGUGAUGCUUAAGUGUGUCAACAAUGACCUGUUUAACGCCUUGCUCUGCACUCCAUAAAGAUUUGCUUUUUACUGUUUUCUGCUUUCUCAAUAUCAACACCAACACUCUUCACUCUGUAAAUAUGGCAGAAUGAGAGUCAGAGACUGACUACUGAGAGAAGAAACAAGGGAGAGAAAGAUAGAGAGAGAGGGUUGUAGCCUUUUUCAGGUCUCACUAAAUCACUCCAUUCUCUUCUUUUUCUCUAUCUUCAUUCAUUCUUGCUGCCUGAGACUGAGGAUGAAUAUGCUUUGGUUGCUUUCGCUCUUCCAUCUCCUACUUCUAUAUUUAACUGCUACAGGUCAAGAAUCAGUGGGAUUUUUGCCACUCCAUGACUCAACUGUGACCCUCCAGAGUUCAUCUCAGAAUGGGCUGCCUGUGGCCGUUCAAGUGGAAACUGAGCACCUCAAGAAUGUCGCAAACAGUGUUCUAAUGGCAGAAACUUGGCUCAGAAACCAUGUUUUGGCAUACUACCCUGCCACCAAUGUAACCACAAUAGUCGUCGGUCACUCUGUUUUAUGCAGCAAAGAUCAAGAAGACAAGUUGGGUUUGGUUUUGCCAUCAGUCAAGAACAUCCACUACUCACUCACUAGGUGGGGUUUGCAGAACGACAUUAAGGUUGCUGCUUCUUUCUCUACCGACUGUUUGGACUCAAACUCUCAAGAAUCAUACAGAGUAGAUGUAGCCGAAGCCUACAUCAAGCCCCUCCUCAGCGUCUUGCAAGACAUAAACUCACCUUAUGUCGUGAACCCACCUUCAUAUAUCUACACAUUGUCUGAUGAAGCCUUGAGUUUGCUCAAAUCCCACUCCAUAUCCAUGAAAAACCUCGGAGUUCUUCAUCUGAACAGGAUCAAUGUGGUCAUCAGCGCUCCAAGAAGAGAAAAACCCCCCAGCAGAAAGCUCUCUUUCAUCGAUUUAGAUAAAAUGAUAGAUCCAUUUCCACCAAGGCCAACCCCUAUAUCCCCAUCUCGCUCCCCUUCUCGUCCUUCCUCUCCAGCUUACGCUGCAGGAAGCCCUCUGCCUCCAUUAGUUGGAAUAGUUUCUCCUGCUCCUUCACUCCCUCCUGUAGUUAACCCCUUCAGCCCUCCAUUUUUACCACCCCUGGCUCCAAUGCCCAACCCUGCUAGCCCUCCAUUUGGACCCCAUUUGCCUCCAUGCACUCCAUCUGACGGUGGUGGUUCUGCAGGCGCACCGGUCGGGGUUGGGGUGCAUAAUGGGCUGUGGUGUGUGGCUAAGCCUAGUGUGCCUGCAGAGACUUUGCAAGAGGCAUUGGACUAUGCCUGUGGAGAAGGUGAAGCUGAUUGUGAUGCCAUUAAGCCGGAGGGGAGUUGCUAUUUCCCUGAUAGUCUUGUGGCGCAUGCUUCUUAUGCUUUCAAUAGUUAUUGGCAGAAGACUAAGAGAAAUGGCGGUACCUGUGGCUUUGGAGGCACUGCUAUGCUCAUCAACUCUGACCCCAGUUAUCAUCAUUGCAGAUUCAUUCUUACCUAGUGGGGAGUAAUUAGAGUGGAAAUGGUGAUUUCUUGGCUUCUGCUUCUCUGCAUAUAGAAUUAGGACCUUUUGAUAUCCUCUGGUUUUGCAGUUUGUAGUUCUGAGUAUCAGUACCAUGAUAGAGCUUAGGAUUCUGGGAGUUUUAUGUAUGAGGUAGACAAUGAUAUGCUCUAAUUAUGUCCUUAAUUGAGAUCUGUCUCUACUCAGUAUUUUUGUUGAGCGCUUAUCGCA